AUGGCCCCCCAGGAGGUACAGACACCAGAGCUUCUGGACCUGACCAUCGACAACAUAACGCCCAAUACCAUCAAGAUCAACAACCAGACAAAGGAUGCGCGUCUCAAGUAUCUCAUGGAGCGCCUGGUCACACACCUGCACGACUUUGCGCGCGAGACGCGCCUGAGCACUGAGGAAUGGAUGGCGGCGCUGGGCUUCCUGGUCCAGUGUGGACAAAUAUCCACUGACGUCCGGCAUGAAUUCAUUCUUCUUUCCGAUGUCCUCGGACUGUCCCUCCUGGUCGACAACAUCAACCACCCGAAGCCGCCUCAAGGCACUGAAGGGUCGGUUCUAGGUCCCUUCCACACCCACGAUGCUCCCACGAUCGAGAAUGGCGCCAGCAUGACAUCUGACCCAGAAGGUGAGCCGAUGCUGGCCAUCUGCACUAUCAAGGACACUUCGGGAAAGCCUAUCCAGGGUGUGAAGAUCGACAUCUGGGAGACGGACAGCAGCGGCCAUUACGAUGUGCAGCACUCGGAUCGCCAAGAGCCCUCGGAGCGUUGUGUCAUGAUCUCAGAUGAGCAGGGCCGCUUCUUUUUCAAAGGCAUCAAGCCAGUCAGCUACCCCAUCCCGCACGACGGCCCUGUAGGGAAGCUAUUGGCUCUGCUGGGAAGACACUGUUGGCGGCCGGCACAUGUGCAUUUCAUGUUCCAGAAGGAGGGCUGGGACCAUCUCAUCACUGCAUUGUAUAUCCGCGACGAUCCAUACGAAAAGUCUGAUGCCGUAUUUGGCGUCAAGAAAAGCCUGGUCAUCGAUCUCGAUAAAGUUGACAAGGAGACGGCCAAGGAAUACGGUGUGACAGAGGGAAGCUGGUUACUGAAACGAGACUUUGUCCUGAUAACCGAGAAAGAGAGCCUGGACCUGCGGGACAAACUUGCAGCCGAAGAGCUCAAGAAGCUUGGUCUGAACAUGAAGUUGGUGGAUCACUUGCCUGUCCCCGACCUUGAUUGA